AUGACUCCCAAGUCAGAACACAGCGGCUCCACCUCCGACAACCCCAAGGUCACCACCGCCGACAACCCAGUCGCCGCCCUUCAUGCCCACAUGCUUCAUAUCGAUCAAAUUACCACCGAUACCAACGCCAAACUCGACAAAUUGAUCCAAAUCCUGACCGACCAACAUGUUAACCAGCAACCACCGCCACCGCCACCACCCCCACCGAAUCAGACCCUCCGACCACCGAAAAUUCUCCUGCCGACUUUUGACGGUUCCAACCCACUCGAUUGGAUUUUCCAAGCUGAGAAUUACUUCACCUACUACACCAUUCCACCACCCCCACCGCGUAACUGCUUUAUCUCCGGUUUACGUCCCGACAUUCAAUCAGAGAUUGUCAUCCAUAACCCGCAAACACUUCAUGCCACUUAUGGUCUCGCCAAAUUAAUUGAAGACAAGCUCCAUGAUAACCUUCAUCUUGUUGCUGGUAAAUCGGAACCACCACCACCGACUCUACCCUUGUUGGCUGCCUCGCCUUCCACUUCCCCACCACUUCCAAUCAAGAAACUGAGUCCCACCGAAAUGCAACAACGAAGGGCUGAAGGCCUCUGUUACAAUUGUCCAGCCAAGUAUCAACCCGGCCACCAGUGCAACCCGCCCAAGUUCCUCCUUCUUUAA